AUGGAGCUUGCUUCAUGGAGGGAGUCCGAGGAGGAGUGCCUUGAGGUCACUACGCAAUCUUCGGCGCCUUUAGCUGAAACGAUCGCCACGGGGACCUCGAUGCCAGCGCGGCUGAUGGCCGUCCAUCAGCUCUUGGAAAAGUUCUUACAAGAGCCGAGCUCGUGCACAGAGCUUUGCGAGAAGCAGAAGCUGGUGGUGCCGCUCUUGGACUUGGCUGUCGAGGCCGAGCGCUUGCCCCACCUUCCGGUGAAGCUGCUCUGGUGCUUCGCUUCCGUGGAAGAAGGACAUGGAGCCACUGGAGCUCUGGAGGAUUGCAUUCCAACGAUCCUGGGCAUUUUGAGGGGAACGGAGGAGCCCUUGCUUACCGGAUCCUCCUUGCAGCUGCUGGUCGAAUUAGGGCGAUUGAAGUCUGAAGCUCUCCGGAGUCAGUUUUGCAACUCCAGGGCCGGGAUAGGUCAGCUCCUCUUGCGCUGCCUCUUCCGAUGGGCUUGCCAGGCUUCUCAUCUGGAAAUUACGAUCUCCUUGCUCAGGCUCUUCAAGCUCGCUGCUUGCAUCCCCUGUCAUCGCAACAUGCUCAAAGCAGAGGUCGCGGCUGCUCCCGGCGUGGCUUGGACUCUGCCCCGGGUCCUGGAAGAAGUUGCCGUCGGAGCUGCGAGGAGGGCCCAGGAAGAGUCGGAUGAACGCAGUGGUUGGGAAUGGGUCCACGAAGAAUCGAGCCACCUGGCCCGGGAGUGGAAGAGCAUCGCACAAUGUCUGCAGCUGGCUCCAGCUGGUGGCGAGCCGGGAAAAUCCUGA